GUAUGAUACAUAUAAAUUUGAAUAAAUUUGAUAGUAUAGUUAUAAACUUAACGAAAUCUAAUUUGCGGUUUAGGUUUAAAAUAACAUAAAAUUACGUAUGAUUUUUUCUUUCUUUUUUGGUCAACAAACAAAAUUAAACUAAUAUCUAUUUCAUGAAUAUUCCUUUCUACAUCACGUAGUGGAUACGUAACUAGGAUUCCAUAAUAUAUGUGAUAUGUCCAUGCUUUAUUGAAGAUGUGCAGAGAAUAACAAAAAUGGUCGACAAGAGAGAAGAAGUUAUGCACGUAGCCAUGUUUCCAUGGCUAGCUAUGGGUCAUCUCCUUCCUUUUCUUCGUCUCUCCAAGUUACUAGCUCAAAAGGGUCACAAGAUCUCUUUCAUAUCAACACCAAGAAACAUCGAAAGACUUCCUAAAUUACAAUCAAACCUCGCCUCCUCCAUCACCUUCGUCUCUUUCCCUCUCCCUCCCAUCUCAGGCUUGCCUCCUUCUUCAGAAUCAUCCAUGGACGUUCCUUACAACAAGCAACAGUCUCUUAAAGCCGCUUUUGAUCUUCUUCAGCCACCGUUGAAAGAGUUUCUCCGACGGUCUUCUCCGGAUUGGAUCAUAUACGACUAUGCUUCUCACUGGCUUCCUUCUAUUGCGGCCGAGCUUGGAAUCUCUAAGGCUUUCUUUAGUCUCUUUAACGCAGCUACUCUCUGUUUCAUGGGACCGUCUUCGUCUUUGAUUGAAGAAAUUAGAUCAACGCCGGAAGAUUUCACGGUGGUGCCACCGUGGGUCCCGUUCAAGUCAAACAUCGUGUUUCGUUAUCAUGAAGUUACUAGAUACGUUGAGAAGACAGAGGAAGAUGUAACCGGAGUCUCUGACUCAGUUCGGUUUGGUUACUCGAUUGACGAAAGCGAUGCGGUUUUUGUCCGUAGCUGUCCGGAGUUUGAACCGGAAUGGUUUGGUUUACUAAAAGACCUGUACCGUAAACCGGUAUUUCCAAUCGGGUUUUUGCCUCCGGUUAUUGAAGACGACGAUGCCGUUGAUACUACAUGGGUUCGUAUAAAGAAGUGGCUCGACAAGCAACGGCUUAAUUCAGUUGUUUACGUGUCACUUGGCACCGAAGCGAGUCUUCGUCAUGAGGAAGUAACUGAGCUAGCUCUUGGGUUAGAGAAGUCAGAGACACCGUUCUUUUGGGUCCUAAGGAACGAGCCAAAGAUUCCAGAUGGGUUCAAAACACGAGUCAAGGGACGUGGAAUGGUUCAUGUUGGUUGGGUUCCACAAGUGAAAAUACUUAGUCACGAGUCAGUAGGAGGGUUCUUGACACAUUGUGGUUGGAACUCAGUGGUGGAAGGGUUAGGGUUUGGUAAAGUUCCAAUCUUUUUUCCGGUGUUGAAUGAGCAAGGACUUAAUACGAGGUUGUUGCAUGGGAAAGGACUUGGUGUUGAGGUUUCAAGAGAUGAGAGAGAUGGGUCGUUUGAUUCUGACUCGGUCGCUGACUCGAUUAGGUUGGUGAUGAUUGAUGAUGCUGGCGAGGAGAUAAGGGCUAAGGCUAAAGUGAUGAAGGAUUUGUUUGGGAACAUGGAUGAGAAUAUUCGUUAUGUUGACGAACUUGUUAGGUUUAUGAGAAGUAAAGGAUCAUCAUCAUCAUCAUGAUCUUGUUGUUGCUAUGAUUUUGACUUGUCCAUUACGGCUGCCGUGGGAGAACUCAAUCUUUUUUUCCUCCAAGUCUCGUUUUAUUAAUAUUUCACAAUACCAUCAUAGUCCAUAGACACGCAAGGCACGGCAAUAUAUCCACAAAAGACACGUUGGCUUACACAUACAUGACGAGUGUUCUAAAAACCAGUAUAAACGUUAGGAACUCAGAUGUGACCGUUUAGACCGAUUAUAAUUGUAUAAAUUUCAUUUUUUUGUAUUUUCCAAUGUCGAACGAAGUUUUAUUUUCAUAUACAUAGUUAUAAAUAUUCGU